ACGGUCUUCGAAGAAGGGCGUCAGUAUGGAGGGGCGCCAGGGGAUGUGCAGGUCUGCAGGGGAUCAGGGUGGUGGCCAGCGGGCUGGGCAGAGCCCGUCGAGAAGUUCAAGGCCGUCGGAGCGGUCUGGGUACACGCACCUGCCACCGCACUUGCAACCUCUGCCAGACACGUCCAACGAGGAGGCGGAGGACAAACAGUCACGGACCGUGCCRCUGGGAAGCGGGUUCACCCAGGAGUGGKCCGCUACAGAGCUCUGUGGAAGCCGCGAUGGCGGUAAUGGGCAGUCGUACACCGAGCUCCUCCAGCAGGGGCUGAGUGGCGACGAACGCGAUGGCGSCGUUAAUCUGUCGUUCAGGCUGUGUAGUGGGAGGCCGUCGGCCGCCUCGCGAACGGUCAUCGUCAACAACCAUCCCGACGACGACGGCGGGCAAUUGACGGCUGUUGCGCGGUCAUCGAAGUCUUCAGCGUCGGUCCGGGAGACGUCGGGGAACAACAGGGAUCCUCUGAGGCAGCAAUACCGGUCGCCGUCUGUGUCGAGGGGUGCCUCAGAUCGCCCCUUGUGGAUGCAGUCUCCGUCUCCCCUGUCCGCCAGUUCGACUGCCGCCCGCCGUCGAGGCGAAUGCGGGGAGACGGAUUGUGGCAUCGUCGAUGUUGGUGAUGCACGCGACAGAAGGGAGGUGUGGGCAGAACAACGGCGGACGCUUCAUCCACGACGGGAGGAAUCCAUAACUCGGGGGGUGCAGCGACUGCGUUUGGGGGAGGAGGAAAACGAUGGCGAUGCACCUGCGGUGGGCGCGGACRAUCAGGAGUGGAACCAUGACGACGGCGAAGGUGGGGAGGAGGACGUAGGCUACGUAUCGCCGUUCAAGCAAAGCAGCAUGGGAGGGAGGGGCGGGAAGACGAGGGCGUGUGCUCGCAAUGGUCAUCAGGGGAAAAAAGCGACGGGGAAGGGGAGCGAUGUCGAAGGUGACGCUGAUGCGGAAGGGGGUCGUCACUUCCGGUCCAUYGACGACAUGAUAGCACUCAUCCAGGCUAAWCGUGACCAGGCAGCRCAUCUGCAGGGGAUGGRUAUCGCAGAAGYAGAAUGGUGCRGUAAGAAGUGGGACAAUUUGAUGCAGCAGUUCAAGAAGGUGCAUCACUUUCAAGGCUUGUCCGGAAAACAGGACUUCUUCGAAUUCUCUGGGAAAGAGAGGUUGUCGAAGGGAUUCAAUUUCAACAUGGAUCGUGCGGUUUACGACGAGAUACUGGGGUCGAMUGCCAAGAGCCACACCAUAAGCCCGAAGAACGUCGCCGACACUAGUGCUCCAGGUGGCGUGCGUCUGCCGUCCGCCACUUCUGCGGAUCCUGAAUCUGUGGGCGAUGGGGACGCUGGUCCAGGGCACGACGACGACGAUGAUGGGUCAACGAGAGGUUCUUUUCAAAUGACGAGAAGCCCUGCCGGUUUCGACAAGAUAAAGAGCACGAAGCAGCAAACUGUUGAAGCGAUGAUGGAAUGCAUGGAGAAGCACGRGGCUCUGGUGGCGUUGACGAUGGACAGCAACAGCAAGCAACUGUGCUCCAUCCAAAUCCGGCAGUGCGAGGAGUUGGAAGCGAAGGUCGAAGUGCAGAAAAAACACUACGCAGCCUCUAACGAAGUUAGCAAACUGAUGUGUCACGCUUUGCUGGAGAUAGCGAAGGCCAUCCGCGAGCGUUAGAGUUCGUGCCGCCUCUAUUGUGCUCAUUGUUGCUUCCAUCAUUCGGACGACGCGAAAUUGAGAGCCUUUCCGUAAUCG